AUGGCAGUACCCCAAGAAGUUUUUAAUUCAAAUAAUCAUGAUGCGACAGCAAAUAUACAGGAUGAAAGGAAUGUUGUAGGACAGCUUUCGGUAACGACUCAACCUGAUCAUCAGGAUAUUCAGACUGUUGCAAGUGGUCUCGAGGAACACCAUGAUUCUUUGUUUAUUACAACUUAUAGCAGGUAUAAUGAAGCGCUGGAUUCAACGAAUUUAUCUGUUCUCGUGGUGAAUAUUUACCUUACGAAUCGAACCAACACGGAUGUCAGUUCAUAUGAAAACAUUCUCGUUACAGACUCAUUGGAAGUCUGCACGACGCAGGCUAUGCCUGCAUUUUUACCCAUUGAGCUGGCUGCUCGUCGCACACCUUCAGAGAUCUGGAUCGUUGUGUUUGCACAAAUUUAUCUGGUAGCUCCGAGUGCUUCUCCUGGUCACACCAAGUGCUGGGCUGAAUUGACUGCCAUGACGCUGCAGUCGGUCCAAGCUGGAAACCUCUCACAGGGUCGCAUGCCUAUUCUUUGGAGAUGCGUUAUCCACUCUUUUGGCGAUAUCACUUCCCCUCAUCAUGUCGACGCGUUCGCUGUGGCGCCGAAGCUCCAGGACGUAAUCUUUACAGGUUUUGACGCCGGAACCACAUUUGAUGUUCCUGCGAACAUCACAUCUUACGAUGAUGUGCGGGAUUGCUAUGUCACUGGAAACGUUCACGAUUCCAUUGUUCACAUGCUAUACGCAUCACCCGAUAUGUGGUAUUUCCGAGCAGUAUAUCAACGAGAUCCACCGACUUUGUUUCAUUCAAUGGGACCGGUGGAGUGUCCCAAUAUAUAUACGUUCUGUGCUUCACAGGGGUCUCUGUUUAGAAGCGUUUCAUUGCCUAUGGUCAGGACUAUUAUCAUCGAAAGCAACCCUCCUAAUAGCAUGAUCACCACUACCGACGACGACUGCUUGCCCGCUGUGCACGACCUGAUAUUAAGGUCGAAAUGCCAUUUUUAUCUGACCGAAUUGGAGUAUGAUGUCAUUAUACAUGACCUCAUCAUCGCUCUGGGUCUUAUCAUUGGCAUUGAUGCGUCGGAUAUUCAUUGCAUGGUUCCUGCUUUAGCUCGUUUCAUCGUUUCUAUCACCCAUCCUUUGGAUAUCGGCUGGCAUGAUAUCAGUUUUGCCUGUGACGAUUUGGUGCACAUGGUGGAACAACGUCAUUUCCCAACUUCCGAUAUCUUGAGCCAUCUUGCAGUGACAAUUGAUGCCGAUAGCCCAUUUCUCAAAUUUCCUCGCAUGGAUGAGGAAGUGAUCACCCGAUUAGCGGAAUUACGAAGUAUGGGUCACGAUAUACGAUUGGCGGGAUUUGUGGGUGGUAACUAUGUUUCGAACAUUGUUCCUGGCGAUCUUCCGGCUAUCAAUCCGACGUCUAGCGUGUAA